GGGUUUUUGUUCUCGGAGCUGCUCGAAGCGCUGUCCACUUCAGCACCACAAUCCAAGAGGAGGGACCGAAGCUGCGGCUCACCAUCAGCACCAGCGCACACCGAGUCCAGGAUACCCGAAUAUACUGAGAAUACGCACCGAUACCUGCCAGAACACCGACCUCAACAGGACAAAGGAGCGGAGACACGCUAUAAGUAAUCAUGUAUGAUGCGACAAGGGUGCCAUCACCUAAGGAUGGUGUAAACGCAGUGGCCCAACCUGUGGUCCCUGGAUCUGAACCCGUAACAGCUGCAUGUUCAGGAGGCCCGGCAGCCGCUACAGUGCUGCAGGCUAAAACUGAGGAGGGUCAGCCAGGUACAGAGGAGGAUGAGGAGCCUAAACUGGAGCCUGUCCUUGUGAAGAAGCCUCACAGAGAGAUCUUGAACCAUGAAAGGAAGAGGAGGGUGGAGCUCAAAUGUAUGGAGCUCCAAGAGAUGAUGGAGGAGCAGGGGUACACAGAGGAGGAGAUCCGACAGAAAGUGAGCACAUUCAGACAAAUGCUGAUGGACAAGGAAGGUGUUAUCACCAGAGAAGGCUCUCACACACAACCCGUGGUGAACCACUUCCAUUAUCAACCUGACGAGUAUGAAGAGGACCCAGAAGCAGUUGGCUAUGAAGAUGGAGACUAUGAGCAGGACUAUCACAGUGACAGAAUGAAAAGGAAAUCAAGCAGCUCUCCAUCCCCUCGUCCAAAGAAAAGGAAGAAGAAGAAGUCUGGACGUCGAAGGGGUCGGUUUGGCAGCUCCUCACCCACUAGCAGAGAGAAGAAGAAGAAGAGUGGAAAGAAGCACAAGCGAGACAGGUCAGCAUCUGACUCCAGAAAAAAGAGAAGAUACAGGUCCGGCAGCCAGAAGAACAAACACAAAGAUAAGAACAAACAGAAAAAGAGGUCCCCAGGUGAGACUCCAAGCAGGAGCUCGCAGAAUCAGGGCAGCUGCUGCAGCUCUCGAAGCGCCUCCUUGUCCUCCAAUCGGAGCAGCUCCAAAUCUCCCUCCAGACUGAACUCCAAGCACAAAACAGUCGGACAGAAGGCGUCUGCUGCAUCACCGUCUCAGCCUCCGACGAACAAUCCUGCCAAGUGUCACAAUGGGGACCACACCCGACGUAGCCGCAAUGGCAAGGCGGCCAGAUUCUCACACGCCGAGGGCGAGAAAGGGAAUGAUAAGCUGCGUCUGCUGAAUGCAAGCUCUGCAAGCAUCCAGUGUACUUUACCAAAAGAGCAAAAGCUCCACAGCGCCCCCAGCAGGAACCAAGCAGAAGAAACUGGGAGUGUGGAUAGCAAGAUCGCAGCUAUUGGGAGCUCCUUAACUCAGACGUCAGGGAGAAGCGGCCAUAGAGGCCGGAAAAGGAGCUCCCACUCCCCUGAUCACAGCAGUGACUCGGCCCACUCCCAGCACAUCCACACUCAUAGAGGGAGAACUUCCCGUCAUCAGCGAAAGACAAAAGGUGGCCACUCCUCCAAGCGUCACAACCGCUCUAAUCGGGGUCAGGCACAUCACAAGAGCCCAUCAGUAUCUCCAGGACGUCACUCACACACAUCAGGUAGGAAGAACGAGGAGUCUCGAAGCAAAGUGAACCUUCGGCAGCGCAGCAACUCCUGGAGCAGCGGCCGUUCAUCCUCACGCUCGGCCUCCAGAGACAAGGUCCCCAGCAAGGUCAAGUCCCCACACAGCAGACAGAACAUCUCCAGAGAAAAGGACAGCGCUAACCGCUCUGAUACUGACAGCCGAGCUCGGCGUCGCUCGCGGAGUUACUCACCCAUCCGAAAGAGAAGAAGGGAUUCACCUAGCUUCAUGGAGGCUCGAAGGAUCACCAGUCCUAAAGGUCCUUACAUCGAGACAACGAGAUGCUGCUGAAUUCAAAUGCUGCAGGCUUGUUACCCUGGUAACAGUUGCUGUGCAGCAGAGCCCUACUAUUCUGACCCCUGAAGCUCAGCUGAACAUCAAACCAUCACAGCUCCCCUGAGUAAACCUGGACUCAUUCUGUUUCUUUCCUCUGUCCUUUCUCUUUUUCUUCAUCACAUCUUUGAAACUCAGCUUUAAAGCUACACCCCACUGACGUUACACACUAAUGUUGCAGCACAGGGAUGAUGUGAUUAAAAUGCUAUCAAGGUUUAUUUCAAUUGAUAUGAUUAUUAAUAAAAUGCUUGUGGCUUCUAAUGGCAAAACAUCAGACAAAGAAAAUGAAGACCGUGUUCAAACCUGGCACUAAUAAGCAUCUGGAUGGUCCAAUCACAUUGUAAAUACAGAUGUGAAAGCUCCUAAGAUAGAUGGAGGAUGGUAUCUUUUAUCUUCAUUAGUUUGGAAGACCGAAGAAGGUCUAAAAGACCACCUUCUGACCUAAUAUGAAUCCCCUCAAACCACAGAAUGGCUUUGACUUUUCCCAUUGAAAAAUACAUCAUAUUAAAAGGUUGUUAAACUCAGCUGAUUCAUAUGAAAUGGUGGGUAAUUAAAAACAAUUAAAAUAAUUUUAUUCAUUAAUCCUCUUACCUGUGUCUGUUACAAGAUUUUUAUGGUAAUUACAUGCCAAAAAUGUUAGUUAGGUUAACUUGAACCCUGUUGUUCAGCUAACAGCCCAUCGUGUGCUCUGGCUACAUGUUUAUUUUGGAGAUGCCCUGAUCAGAGAUUAUGUGGCCAAUUCAAGGUUUCCAGUCUUUUGGAUUUUUGCAAAGUUCUGUCCUCCCGACGCAAAUGUCAAAUUACAAUUUCUCUUUAAGAACUAUAUUUAACAAAAAAAAAAACAACAAUCUAGUCUCAAUUGAAUUUGUAUCUGAUAUAACAUCAAAAGAUUUACAGCUAAAUAAAACAAUAAUUCUUUUAAAAUGCCUUAGAAAUUUCUUUUUCUGCUUCACUGAAAUCAGCAAAUACGGUAAAAUCCUCCAAGCUGUGGGACAGAAGUAUCUAUAAAUACAUCCCACCUAAAAGAAUCACAGCAUAUCUUCUUUAAUCCUUAACAAGACAGAUUGAAUAAAACCUUUUUCUUCUUUUUUCUACACCUGAAAAUGUAAUCUGCAUGAUGUCACAUCAUAUCAAAGUAAACGACAGAUGUGUCCAGCUUAAUAUUUAAAAUGACUGAUAUUAAAGACAACUGAUUGUUUAUUAUUAUUUUAGAUUUUAUUUAUUGUAAAUAUACAGAAGCAUUAAAGAGUUUCUGUGACCAGUCAUUAAAUAUUUACAUUAGGAACAGAGGUGCUAAUGCGAUGACACUGUGUGAGAAAGAUCAGUUGGCACUCCAGGUUAUGCACUUAAAAAAGGAUUUUACUAGUUUAAAACAAAGCCAAAUUGAUUACACAGUUGGCAUUUUAAACUGCCUUUGCCAUACAUGUUAAGUAUUAGCAUAACUAGCACAGUUAGCAUUACUUGUUGAUUCUGUGUGUAGUCCCUAGAGAAUGUAGAUCCUUACCUUUAAUGUGAAAGGCGUCACAAUUUUCAGUCAAAACAGACAGAUUCAAAGCUCAACUGAAAGAAAACAGAGCAACUUUGCUGUAUCAUGUUCAGUCUUGUUUAAAGGUUGGAGCCCAUUAAAACCCCAGCUUCAUAUCUAGAAACUCCUUACAUCUUUGUGCUUCCUCUGACUGCCCUUUUAUAAACUUAACUAAUAUUAAAAACAGUUAACUUUGCAUCUUCUACCAUCAGUGAGAACUUCCACACUAAAAAUUUUUGUUGUUAGCGCAACCUGUAAGCACUUCGGUAUGCUGCAUUCACUUGUCCUAAAAAGAUCUGAGUUUUUAUUUUCUGUCAAGCUGAUCACCAAUCGGGGUUGGUCAAACAUAAAAUCCGCCUCAUCCAGUCACUAGCCCAUUUCUCAGUGCAUCUCCAGUUUUUUGCUUGUAAACAAGAUAUGAUCAAGUCAAAUUUUAGUGCCAAGAGUGAACACUGUUUCUUAAAGCUGUCCACCUGUAACUAAGGUGUUAAGCAAUCCACAGUUCAGCUGGAAUAAAAAGGUGGGACAGACAUUAUGUAUGUCACCUUGAUAGCAUUUAUCUGUCCCAUAGUGUUGUGUUGAUUUGUAUGGGUGAUGGCCUCUACUGAGAGAAAGGGGUUCUUUUGGGGAGCUAACUGCUGAUUACCUUACAGGAAGCAAUUCCAUGAUUGCUAUUAACAAUUCAAUCUAUUUGAGCUUUAACUAACAAAAGGCAAUGUCAUGCUGAGUGUGUGGAUUAACAGCUUUUUAUAACCCACAUAGCUGAUCUCUUUCAGACGCUGCACUUGUUUGCUAUUUCUGGGAUCUAACCUGGAUCUGCUAAUCUUGUCUCUAAAGCAUCAUGUUGCAGAUAACAGCCUGAUCAUCUUAAUAUUUUAUCAUCUCCUUCAUUUUAACUUGUCACACUACUAUCUUUGUCCGACAUCUUUGUCCCUCCCCAUUCUUCCUUCUCC